UUGCUGGUUUUGAUUCUGAGUGCAACUGGGCCUGGGGAGGCUGAAGUGUAGCAGGCCGGAACAUACUGAUUCAGACUGGGGAUCACUUGAGGCUUUUGAAACGCUGAUAGUAGAUUCUAAUUGCCCUGGGCCGACAUGGCUCUGAGGGAGCUGAAAGUCUGUCUGCUGGGGGAUACAGGUGUUGGCAAAUCAAGCAUUGUAUGGAGGUUUGUAGAAGACAGCUUUGACCCUAAUAUUAAUCCAACUAUUGGGGCGUCAUUUAUGACAAAGACUGUACAGUUUCAGAAUGAACUGCAUAAAUUUCUAAUAUGGGACACUGCUGGCCAGGAGCGUUUCCGGGCAUUGGCACCAAUGUACUACAGAGGUUCUACAGCAGCCAUUAUAGUAUAUGACAUUACUAAAGAGGAAUCCUUUACAACAUUAAAGAAUUGGGUGAAAGAACUACGUCAGCAUGGACCUCCCAACAUUGUGGUGGCAAUAGCUGGUAACAAAUGUGACUUAAAUGAUGUCAGGGAAGUUUCAGAAAAAGAUGCUAAAGACUAUGCUGACUCCAUCAACGCGGUUUUUGUGGAAACAAGUGCCAAGAAUGCAAUAAACAUUAACGAAUUGUUCAUAGAAAUUAGUAAAAGAAUUCCAUCUGCUAAUCCCAAUGCUACAUCUGUGAAGGGCUUCAGACUUAGGAGACAGUCAUCUGAGGUAGAACACCGAUGCUGCUGACUCUCUGGACUUUCUGGUUUAUGGAGUUUAAUAGGCAGGACUAUUUAGUAUGUUGCCAAAUCAGUCUCCACCUGCCUACUUACCACUAUGCACACAGAGUUUUAACUCGCCACACAAAUGUGUAUGCUUCCUGCGCUUCAACCGCUGGUCAUCAUCAUACCUUCUCUAAAGGGAAAUUUUAUUUUGUUUUAGUUAUUUUCUCUUGUACAAUUUUCAUUUGCUUGUUUAUUAACUGUGCAUUUUUUUUAUUUACAUAAUUCUAUUUGUUGUGUUCAGGAAACUGAGAUUGAAACCUAGCUUACCUACCCAGGGAAAGUGUAGUUUAAGAAUGUAUUUAUUUACUCAUCACCUUAGUAGCUCAAAGACACAGUGCUAAGUGCAUUUUGUUUUAAUUAUUUACUUUAACUAUGCAUGGGCAUAAUUGUAUUAUUUAUUUAACAAAGGAAUGACUAAUAUGACCGCAGCCAGCGACAUUUGGCUAUUUUUGGCUUUGGCUUUAAUUGUGUAAUAGUGCAACACACAAACAUCUGGUUUUGCACAAAAUAGACAAUUGUAUGCUGCGGCCUGCGGCAAUAUUCAGCGUUUGUUUAGUAAAUGAAUACCGAAUAACAAAAUUCUGCCCACGCCUACUUUUAGCCAUGACAGUUCUCAAAAGGGGUUGUAUUGUGGUGGCUUAGCAAAUAGAAUUUUUUUACAUGUUAAAACUAAAAGCAUCUUAAUCUUUUACCCAAUAAGUGACAUUUGAUAGAAAUACAUAAGUAACCAUACAAUAUUUUAAGUCAAACUCUUAGAAUAGUAUAUUUUUUUUUUUUGCUUUGAAGUUACUGGUUUUAUUUGGAUGAGUCUGUAAGGGCUGCAGUUAUGUUCUAUCCCCUAGCAGUGUAAUGCACAAUUUUACUUAUAUGUAAUACAGAUUGUUAUAUAGAUCCUGUUGAUGAGGUAGCUGGAUGCAAUAAUAAAUACUUU